AGCCGGUCACGUCGUCAGUUUUGCACACGGUGUUUCCCUAGGCAAUAAGCCCCAAACAUGUUCGACUCGAAGAUUAAGGUGCCCAAGUACGACUCGGAUGCAUUCGAUAAUGUCGAGUAUCAGCUGCAGAUGACCUAUACCCUGGAGACGGAUCGUAGGAUCAUGAGCUUUUACGAUGCCAUGUGGGGCAUAGAGGUAACUGGCGGCAUAGAUCAGUUCGAGCCGCUGACCAUUGUCAAUGUCUCGCCGACGGGUCUGGCCAAGCGCGGUGGCAUGCGUAUUGGGGAUGAGAUAACCCAGAUAAACGAUGUGCCCGCCUUGGAGCUGACCUUCAACGAGGCAUUGCAGAUCUUUCGUAAAUCCUCCCGUUAUGUGCGCGUCUUUGUGCGUGGUGAUGAUGAUGUACCCGGUGAGGAGGACUGGACAUGCGAUUGCUGGUUCAAGCCCCGCAAGCCCUGGCGACGCGACUUUACGCCCAUACAGUGGACCUUCCCGUGGAACGAUCGCCGCAAGCCCGUCUACAAGGAGUCCAAUUGCUUUAUGGUACCCAGCAAAAUGGAGGAGAAGAUUAGGGCGCGUCGUGCAGCCACCUCGGCGGUGCACAAGAAGGAGGAUGCGGCGCCGCACACGCGCUCGCUGACGCCCACGCCCAGGCCCAAGAACCAGCCCGGACCCAAUCUGCUCGAGAGCGUGCUGCGUCCACGCGGCCCGCCGCCCAGGGAUUAGCUAGCUCACACAUACACACAGCGGCAUGAACAUAUACUAUAUAUGUAAAUACACAUUGAUACGCAGGCAGCGCGGCUGGCGCUGCAGUGCGUCCAAGCUCAGCUGCGCCUGGACAGGCAACUGGCGUUCGGUACAGUCAGUUGAAGUGUCACAUGGAAAGGCGUUCCCAUUAGAGAUGGGCGCGUGUUGGACUUGUGUUCCAACACGACACACGAAACGCACGAUUUUUGAUUCAUUUUUCAUUUUUAAUAUA